GGCGGUAGUGGCGGCGGCACCAGCAGCGGCUCGUCCGGGUGGAGCCCGUCAUGGAGCUGGGGUGGCUGGUGUGCGGCACGGCGGUGCUGCUGCUGCUCCACGUCCUCAUGGAGCUCAGCCCCGCCGUCAACUUCGCGCUGCGCAUCGGCUUCUACUGCCUGCUGUGCCUCGUGUCCUCGGCGCUGGCGGCCGCCGCCUGCCUGCUGGUCAACGGCGGCCGCACCGUCAAGAACAUGAGAAUCAUCAAGGCUGUGGUCAAGACCUUCAAGUAUUUCUUCGGCCUGAGGUUUGAGGUGAAGGGACUGGAGAACUUCGAGGUGGAGGGCCCUGCUGUCAUUGUGUCCAACCAUCAGAGCAUCCUCGACAUGAUGGGGCUGAUGGAGAUCCUGCCUGACAACUGUGUCCAGGUGGGCAAGAAGGAGCUGAUGUACACGGGCACCGUGGGGCUCAUCAUCUACCUCGGCGGCGUCAUCUUCAUCAACAGGAAGAGCACCAGCAGCGCCAAGAUAGUGAUGGCUGAGGUUGCCAAGACCAUGGCAACUGAGAACCUGAAGGUGUGGGUGUACCCAGAGGGCACGAGGAACUGCACGGGGGACUUGCUGCCGUUCAAGAAAGGAGCAUUUCACCUUGCUGUGCAGGCACAGGUGCCCGUGAUCCCUGUGGUGUAUUCGUCCUUCACCACCUUCUAUAACCCAAAGACGAAACUGUUUACAUCAGGCAAAAUCAAGGUGGAGGUUCUGCCCCCAAUAGAGACCAAAGGCCUGACAUCAGACGAUGUCACCGACCUCACUGACAGAUGCUUCGGCACCAUGAGGGAGACCCUCUUCAGGCUGUCAGGCCGUCCAAGCGAGGCCAAGGACUCGUCCUAGAGGCUUCUCCAGUGAUGUCACCGUGUGGUGGUGGCUGAAGGGACCUGUCUGUUGUUGCCAAAUACUGAAGGAACUUCUCUUCCUCUGCAGUGACUUCUAACUCUGGGAACACCAUGGACUGGCACACACAGGGUGUCGAGCCAGCACCGAGGUUCCCCUUCGAGCGGAUUUCUCUUAUGGGUUCAUUUUCUCACUAUGAAACGUCUCCUUUUUCUGAAUUUCUCAGGCAUCAAACUUGUGCUACCAAAGGGCUCAGUGACCAGAGGGGUGAGUUCCCCCAGCUCAGGCAGCUGGCACAGGGUGACAGCAAAAACCUGGCUGGAGCCUGGGCUCUGCCUCACGUGAGUGUCCCUGCACCUGUGCUCCUGCAGGCUCAGCCCUGGGAUGUCCCAGAUGGAAACCACCGGGCAGCAGUUUGUAUCUGCACAACCUUGAUGCUCAGAGAGGGCUGAGAACUGGGUGAAAAUCCAGCUUUUGGCUUUUCAGCAGCGCUGGGAAUGCAGUGUCCUCCCCGGACAGCCCAGAGCACUGCCACCCGGCACAGUGGGACUCAGUCUCCUAGAGAUGCCAGCAGCAUCUUGUUCUGGGAAACCGCUGGCAGCUCCCUGCCGUGGUGGUGGUGGCUCAGCCUGGCCACAAUCCCGGUGCCUGCAGUGCCCCCUGACAGAUGCAAAGGGCUCUGUCGUGCUCGUUUUGUCACUUGUCAUGGUCAGCACCGGCCGAAAGGUGGUGCCUGUCCCGCGUGUCUCUGCCGGUCUCAGCGGAGCUGCCGCUCUCCGAGGCUCGUGAAACCCCCUCGGAGCCACGGGGUGGGUGAGCUGCAGCUGGAACAGGGCCUGGGAGGCUUCAGCUCUCCCUUUUGGGGACAUGAAUUCCCUUCCCGGUCAGAUAAAGGGUGUUCCCCUGUGUUUUGGGGUGAUGGAUGGACCAACAGAUCUCCUGGAUCUCUCGGGGAGCUGUGAAGUGUUGAUGCCCUUGGAGGCUGGGUCAGGUCCAUGGUUCCUUCAGCUUUAGCUCUGCUGUUCAUGGCACAAGGGACCUUGGGAUGAGCCACCUGGGGCUACUCAGGUAACCAACACGACCAGCUUUUGCAGCCUGUGUUGGUGGAAUUGCAGUUAUAUGCUAUUUUGGGGUUAAAGCCUCAACUGGGAAAGGCAGGGAAUUCUGUGGAGGGAGCCCUUGGGCCGAGCUGGUGCUGGCAGGGGCUUUAUUGGAGGGGCCUUAUGGUACAGACUCAGGGGUCAGACCCGCUGUGGGAUGGGUCAGGGUGGGAGGAUGGGAACCAAACCAGCACUUUGUUAGAGUGGCAGAUAAAGGGCUGUCAUGGAGGGUAAACCCAGGAGGGCCCUGGGAGGGUUCCUGGGGGAUGGUAACCAUGUCUGACUCCUCCUGGGAGGAGGGAGCAGUGCCUCUGUGUGCAGUUGUCUGCUGUUCACUUUUAAUUGGGUUGAGGAUGUUAUGUGCUUUACACAAAAAAACAAAUUACACCUGUGGUUAUUUAAAUAAA